AGCAACUUAAACAUAUCGAUAAUAAGCUAUCAGUCAUUGCAAUGUUCCGAUAAAUUUCCAACAAUUCCUUUAAACAGCCGACAGAGAACGUAUAAUAUAUAAAUGUACGUUCUCUGCAGCCGACGUUAAACAAAAUAAUAACACGUGCAGUAACAUCUACUGUUUUUCUUAAAUUUUUAAAUCUAUUAAUUUUAAAUAAUGUCUUCUUCUGAAAGUGAUGAAUCCGAGAGAGAGAUGCAAACAGAUGAUGAUGAGCAGGAGGAACCAGAUUUAGAUGCCAGCGAUACCGAAUCUGAUGAAGGUGAUGAAGAUGAAGAGAUGGAACAUGAAUCCCCCAAGAAACUAUCACUUGAGCAAAAGGUUGCAGAAGAUAUCACAAAAAAAUAUGCUGAACGUCAGGGCAAACAAUUGUAUAUAAGAUUCCCACAUAAACUGCCCGAAGAUGAUGAUGAGUUCCAGGAAGCCGCCAAAGCAUUAUCUCCAUUAAUAUUGAAAGCGCAUAAACCACGACAAAAACAUGCACGUUUUUGCUUGGUUGAUUUCGGUUCACGUGAAGAUCGCGAUACCGCCUUAAAAGCUAUAAAAGCAGCAGCAAAAAAGGGCGGCACAAAAGUAGUUGUAUCAAUACCACGUACCGAGAGCGAUGAAUUUGUGCAAGAAUUGGUGAAACGUAAAGUGAAUACGUUGGAAAAGAAAAAGGCUAAAGCGCGUUUGAGACGUGCCAGCAAGUUAGCAUUGCGUUCGAAGAAUUUCACAUCCUCCAUUGUUAUAACGAACCUACCACAAAGCGCCUCAGCGGGAGAAGUACGUAGAUUAUUUCCCAAUGCUGUGGAUGUACAUAUAAAACCACGCAAAGGGAAGUUAAUUGCCUCCAGUAUAGCGACGAUCACGUUACCCUCAACAAUGGAGGCGCGUGCUGCUAUGAAGAAGAAACAAUCAUUAGGUGGAACAGAGCUUAUUAUACGUUUCGAUACACAAAAAGCGAAAAAGAGCGGUGGAAAAGCGAAGAAAAAUAACAUUAAGAAGUCUUCAGCAAGUUCUGAGUCUAAAACGGAUGAAAUUAAAGUAUAUGAUUAAAUAAAAUUUUACUUGUAAUAACGAUA